AUGCUUCCUGUUGGUGGACACAACUUGUUUGGAAAAAAUGAAACAAAUGAAGACAACUUGUAUGUAGAUAAAAUAUGGUUUCAGUGUGAGAAUGAGAAUUGCUUAAAAUGGAGGCUGUUAUCUAGUGAAGAUGCUGCCCAAGUGGAUCGCAAUGAACCAUGGUUUUGCUUCAUGAACACUGACCCAAAUCAUAACACAUGCUCUGCUUCUGAAGAAUGCUUUCCUGAAGAGUCUGAUGUUCUUAAAAGUGGAUUUAAAUAUGUCUAUUCACAACUUCCUAUAGGAAGUCUAGUCUUGGUGAAAUUAUGCAGUUGGCCAAGUUGGCCAGCUAUACUCUGUAUUGAUCCUUUAAUGGGGGAAUAUGUGACCUGUGACCAGGAUGGAAAUGUUGACCAUUAUCAUGUAGAAUUCCUGGGUAAUCCCCAUUCAAGAAAAUGGAUAAAGGCAAACAGUGUUGGUCAUUAUAGUAUCACAUUAAAGCCAGAAAAAUGCAAAUUUAAUAAAAGGUGGUAUGAAAGUGCACUCCAAGAAGCAUACCUAUUAUAUGCAUUUUCUCCUGAGCAAAGACUGGAGAUGUGUCUUCUAUCAAAAAGAGGGUUAGUGGACAAACCUGAAGCUGCAAUAAAAGCCAAGAAAAGAAUGAGAAGUUCCAAAAAUGAUGAUAAAAACAAAACAUGCAGUUUAGAAAAAAAUAAAAGGAAAGGAUUCUUCAAAUGCUCUUUUGAAAUAGUCUGUUCAGAUGAUGCCCUAUUAAAGGAAAACAUAGUUGUUUCUGAGACAGAGGAGAUACUAAAAGAUCUGGAACAAAUGCUACAGGAAGCAGAAGAACCUGUGAAGAAAUCUGGGGAGUCAAAUGCACAUGGAUAUGAAAUACAUGCAGAAGGAAAGGUAUCUCUGUGCAGCACAGAAACUCCAGAGGAAAUCCUAUGUGAAAACCAGUGUGAAGAAGAUUGUCUUAUCAUUGAUGGGAUACCCUUCAGAACUGGAGAAUGUAUUGAGAGUAUAAGUGACAAGUUUAAAGAAAUAGAUGCUCUGAUGUCUGAAUUUUAGAUGUGAAUGUCUGAAUUUUAGCAUGUAAAUGACUAAAAUGAUCUAUUCUUGUGGCUAUCCAUUUUCAGAUGACAAGAGUAUUUAAAAUAUAAGU